AUGACUCAAUUACCUUCAGUAUCUGAAUUAUUAACUGCAACUUCAAUAUCCAAUCUAUUGCAGGAAGCAAAAUCAUUGAAUGGAAAACAACAACCCCAACCCCAACCUCAAUCUCAAUCUCAAUGUCAAUCUCAAUCUAACGAUCUUUCACCACGGCAACACCAACAUAGAAAUUCAAAUUCGUCUAUAUUAAUAUAUCGAAGUCAGUCUAAUAAUUCAUUAAAUUAUAGUACUGCUCCGGCAAGAAGAUUGACUGAUUCAUCAAUAUAUUCCAACAUACCACCACAACAACAAAAUAAUUUAAUCCCUACAAGUAGAACUGAAUUAAUUAGAUCACAAUCAACGGAUUAUUUUCCACAUCAACUUUAUAAUAAUAAUAAUGGUACAUUGGCAGGUCCAAUGCACAAUUAUCAAUAUACAAAUCAAAACAGAACACCACCAAAUUUGUCACCACAAUCUAGUUAUAAUUAUCAUCAACAAUAUAUACAACAACAGCAACAGCAGCAGCAACAGCAGCAGCAACAGCAACAGCAGCAGCAACAGCAACAGCAACAGCAACAUCAACAAAUCUCCUUUCCACGCCCUGUUCAACAACAACAACCACCAUAUAACAAUCAGCAAUACUAUUAUACUCAACAACAACCACCCCAAGCAAUUCCACCACCACCUCAACAACAACAAAACUAUAUUCCUCCACAACAAGUAUCAUCAUUACCGUCUCAGCCAAAUCACAAUAUCCAACAAUCAAUGGCUCCUCAAAAUUUUUAUAUCCGACAACCACAACAAGCUCAUUUAAAUUCUCAUUCUCAUCCACAUCAUCAUGCUAAUAUUCAACAACCUUCUCAACAUCCUCAUCCAGAUUUGAUGUAUGAUGAAAAUAAUGCAUUAAUAAAUAAGAGGAGAAUUAUCAAACGUCGAACACGAACUGGAUGUUUAACAUGUAGAAAACGAAGAAUCAAAUGUGAUGAAAGAAAACCAAAUUGUUUUAAUUGUGAAAGAAGUAAAAAAGUUUGUUUGGGAUAUGAAAAUUUAUCAAAUUUACAACCAAGAAAAAGAACCCGAGAUACAAGUUUGGAUUUACCAAAAGCUAAAAGUUCGUCCGACUCACCAAACACAUCUCCAAAGAGUAACCAAACAACAUUACCUUCAAUAUCAACGUAUUAUAAUGACAACAAAAUAGCAGUAAGUAAUUUAAUGAAUACAUGA